CCUGGGUUACAUCAGAGAAUGUGGCCCCUUCAGAAAAGAGAAGGGCUUCGCUUCAACCCUAGGGCCUGCCGGACUGCUCUUUAAGGAACAGGUUACAAGAUGGGCUUAGGUCACGAGCAAGGAUUUGGAGCACCCUGUUUAAAAUGCAAAGACAAAUGUGAAGGAUUUGAACUGCACUUCUGGAGAAAAAUAUGUCGUAACUGCAAGUGUGGCCAAGAAGAACAUGACGUCCUCUUAAGCAAUGAAGAGGACAGAAAAGUGGGGCGACUUUUUGAAGACACCAAGUAUACCACUCUGAUCGCAAAGCUAAAGACGGAUGGAAUUCCCAUGUAUAAACGCAAUGUUAUGAUACUGACCAAUCCAGUUGCUGCCAAGAAGAAUGUCUCCAUCAACACAGUCACCUAUGAAUGGGCUCCUCCUGUCCAGAACCAGGCAUUGGCCAGACAGUACAUGCAGAUGCUGCCCAAGGAGAAACAGCCAGUGGCAGGCUCGGAAGGGGCACAGUACCGAAAGAAGCAGCUGGCAAAGCAGCUCCCCGCACAUGACCAGGACCCUUCCAAGUGCCAUGAGUUAUCUCCCAAAGAGGUGAAGGAGAUGGAGCAGUUUGUGAAGAAAUACAAGAGUGAGGCGCUGGGCGUAGGAGAUGUGAAACUUCCCUAUGAGAUGGGUAGUCCCAGCCCCGACAAACUCUACAUCCCCGCGGGGGACAGAAGCACCCCGGCAGCCAUGGGGCCCAUGGAGAACAAAUCUGCCGAGUACAAAGGAACUCAGUAUUUCUGCUAUUGCUGCAAGCUGAGCAUGAAGGAGGGCGACCCCGCCAUCUAUGCUGAGAGGGCCGGCUACGAUAAACUGUGGCACCCAGCGUGUUUUGUCUGCAGCACCUGCUCUGAACUGCUGGUCGACAUGAUUUAUUUCUGGAAGAACGGGAAGCUGUUCUGCGGCAGACACUACUGUGACAGCGAGAAACCCCGAUGUGCCGGCUGUGAUGAGCUGAUAUUCAGCAAUGAGUAUACCCAGGCAGAAAACCAGAAUUGGCAUCUGAAACACUUCUGCUGCUUUGACUGUGACAACAUCCUGGCUGGCGAAAUAUACGUGAUGGUCAAUGACAAGCCUGUGUGCAAGCCCUGCUACGUGAAGAACCACGCUGUGGUGAGAAGCAUUCGGGGGGGUUCCUUGACCUCAGCCUGCUUUGAGACUCGAAUUUGUGCCUCUCUCUAAGCCUCUUAACAAACAGCAAACAGAGAACACCCUUAAGAAGGGUGUGUGAUUCCUACCUUAGGAUGCUAAAAUCCAGGCAAUUCAUAAACAAUACAUAGACUGUCUGCUAACUCAAGAGUUCUGUUAUGUGUUUACAGUGUAGAUGAUAAAUGCCACAGGGCAAUAAAAUCCUCAGUUAACAAAAAUAAUCCUUGAUGGGAAUGAGAUUGAUGUCUUCUCAUGGGUGCAGACCAGAUUUCAUUUAGAUCAAGGUGUCCAGGGACUGUUUAUAUUCCUUAGCUCUGUUUGAAUGUGUGUGGUGUGUGUUCAUGGUACUAGACCACCCACUGGGACUUUUGUUUUGCUACUUGGAAUUUGUUCAGUCCCUAAUUCUUAAACCCUCAUUGAAUUGAUUUAGUAUGACAGAAUUUGGCCUGCAUGUUUAGAUUUGUAUGCGGGGCCUCACGUUGAAGUACUUAAUGUGAGAGUAUAAUUUUUUCCUGUCUCUACCCUGCUUACACAACUACUGUUGUGUGAUGGCUCAGAGAUAGGUAAUAUAGAUAAAGAGUGUAAAGUUGACCAUAUAAGGUAUGGUUUAUAAGCCCAGGAGUAUCAGAAUUGACUGUUACUUCUUCUUAUGCUGGAAAACGUGCUAGUUAAAGUCUCCGUGGGCCAUCAAGUAGGAGUGACUCCUGGCUAAGGAAUACAAUUACAUAUUUACAUAGUGCAAGAAGUGUGGUACCAUGAAAAUAAGGUAACAAACUUAUUGUCAAUGCCAAUUUUCUGCCAUUAUCUGUUGUCCUACAUACAAUUAUUUAUUUUAAGUUUUAUUUUAUUUUAUUUGAAAGGCCUAGUUAGAUUGAGAGAGAAACACAUAGAAAAAGAAAGAUCUUCCAUCUGCUUGUUCUCUCCCUAAAUGGCUGCAAUGGCCAGGGCUGGGCCAAGCAGAAGCUAGGUACCUGGAGUUCCACUUGGGUCUCACACAUGAGUGGCGAGGGCCCAAGCAUUUGGGCGAUCUUCCACUGCUUUCCCAGGCACAUGAGCCAGGAGCUAGAUUGGAAGUGGAGCAGCUAAGACUUGAACUGGGACUCAUAUGGGAUGGCAGUGUUGUAGGCAGCAGCUUCACCUGCUAUAACACAAUGUUGGCAUCCAGUCUUUCAUUUUCUGUGAACUGCCUCACCAGUAUGUCUCAGAUCCUCAUAGCUAUAACUGGCUGUUGGUUUUUGUCAUUUUCAUAUUGCAGUGGCUUAGAAUUUGGUCCCCUCACUUCCAGUGUCGUCUUGCUCAAAAGCCACCUGCCAUGGUGAUGGAAACUGCUGUUUCUGAAAUUCAGAAUGUGGUCAUUAGUCCUCUGAUACAUCUUGCUCCUUCCAUACUAGUUAUCCAACUCCAUCAUGCAUUUCUGCAUCACGUUACCUGCAUUUUGUAGUUUAUACACUGCUCUUUGUCUCUUGCUCACUCUUACUGGCUUGACCAAUGUAUCCACCUAUUGUUUUACUGAUACAUCCACCAAUUCUUGUUUGACUCAACUAUGCCUACACAUUCCUCCAGACUCAAUUUGGCCUUAACUGUUUCCAGAACACUCUUGAUUUCCACCUGAGUCCCAGCCGCCACUCCCUGGCUAGGCUGUGUGUAUCAGACAGUUAAUAUCACUCAUCUGUCUUCUUUCCUCCACUAGACUGGAAGCAACUGGAGGUUAGAGCUUGUCUUUCAUUUCCAUGUCUUCAGUAUCUUGAGUGACUGAGAAAGUUCCUAAUAUUUUUUGUUUGGAAUCAUUGUGAACCUUCCUUUUACCUGAGGACAAAAUGUUAGAUUCCCAUGUGACCUGACACAUUAUUUAACUGAUGCUAUGAAUAUUAUUGCAACAGUUUCUCUACAAAGAGUGUUAUAGUGUGUCUUUAUUUUCAUCUUUUUAUUUGAGCAGCAUAGAGAGAGCACUCCUCCACAGGUUCAUUCCCCAAAUACUCAUAAUGGCCCUGGGCCAGGCUGGGGGCCUAAUCUGGGAGCACGAAACUCAAUUUGGGUCUCCCAGCUGGGCAGAAGCAUCUGCCACAGAGCUCCUUACAACAGUAUCGUUAGCUACUUCACAUCUUGCGUACAAAUAAGAGAAGCAAGUAAGAUUGAAAGAAAUAAGGACUCUGAAAUACAGUUUCAAGAACACAGGAAUUCCAGUGCUAAAGCAGCAAGUGAUGAAGCAAGCAUUGUCUCCUCAUGGAUUCUGCUUUGCCCCUACCCUUGGAGCAGCCCGAGCAGCUUGGAGAUUUUUGAAACAUUCAGGAUCAGUAGAUUUCCCUUGGGAUGAUAUGUAGGACUUUGGGAUGAAUGGCAGUCAAACUACUAUGGAACCACAAACCCUAAAUUCUCUGAUACCAUUUCGUGUUCAUUAGUAUUUUUCUACCUAAAUAAUUUCCUUAAUCCCGUGUGUCACUGAGCAGAGUUCUUUUUUUUUGUAAAUUGAAAAUGAAAAUAAUGGUAAAAAGGUUCAUAUAUAGUAUUACAAGGGCUACAAAAGAAAAGGAAUAAAGCAUUGACUGUGAAAUGCUUCUGAUUUAUACAAGCAAGUUAAAAAUACUGGAAAAUGAACGAAUGUGAAAUAUAGAAAAUGACAAGAUAGUGUGCUAAGUGAACUAUAAAGAAAGCUUUAGAAAUAGAUACAUGUGAAAAACAUGUGCUUGCAUGGUACACCCACCAAGUAGAAAUGUGCUUGUGCUGAUAAUUCUUGUUUUUGUUGCAUUCAGGAAUAGUUUAUUGAUCAUUUAAAGAAAGCAUCUCCCCUAUUCAUCAGGGAAGACUGGUUUCAUUUGUAAAUAGAAGCAGUGUAGUUCUAAAGAUAGAGAAAGCAUAUGGCAAGUCUGCAGUGGAUAUGUGUGGAAGGCUCCAUGCACUUCCCCACCUUCACCUGCUGAUGCUGUGAGCAGCUGCUUCGUUUUGAACUCUUUUCAAGUAUGGAAGCCUCAUUUCCACUCAUUCCCGCCCAUCAUCUCUCAGUGGUUUCUGACAGCCACAUUGAGAGACCAAGAGUGUUGAAGAUGAGCACUAUCACUUCAUACUGGACAGUCUUGUUGGCUUAUUCGCUUGUUAUAAAAUAUUCUAAAUAAACACUGGAGAUCAUCACAUUCACUCAGACCAUGUAUACACAAGAACUCAUAUAGCCUUGCUAGUGUUUUUGGAGGUUUCAACUGGGUAGUUUUAUUCCUUUAUUUAUUAUCCAUUGCGGUUAAGAAGAAAAUUACUUGUGGAUGUGUGUUUGUGGAUGCAUAUGUGUAUAUGUAUGAGGUUAUAUGUCUGCAUAAAUAUUGAAUAUAUAAUGGCACAGGUAUUGUAAGUGUUAAUGUUCUAUAAUAUUAUAUGUAAAUUAUGACUGAUCUUAUGACAAAAGACAAUUAACAACUCAUUGGCAAACUCAUUAUUUAGUGCAAACUCAUUAUUCUCAAACACCAUCAGUAUUUUUAAUUGAAUCCUUAAUUACUUUGAACAUGAUUUUAAUUUACUGUCUAGAAAUCAGUGGUGUUAAUAAUGUGCCGUAGGUAAGACUUGUAAAAUUACUGCUUCAAAGAUUUGAAUGAAUGAGAAAAUAUCAUUUUAUAAGCUUCUUUAUAGUUACUAAUAUGAAAUCUAUUGGAACAUGCUAGAACCAAACACGUAGCUUGGUGGGGCUGUUUUGCAUGUAUCAAAUCACCUGUGUGGCCUUCAUCUAUUAUUUCUCACUGUGUUCAGCAUUAACAGUUAUUGGCUGAAAAGAUUAAAAGGUCACUCUCAGUUAUGUAGUUUUGAGGUUGUCACUCUCGGUUUUAAUGUAUCAUUUGUGAAGCGUGUUCCUUUUGUCCUGAGAACGCUGCUAUCACAGUCUGAUCUCUCUCCUUCUCUUCUGACUCCCAUUAUGACUUAACAGGUGUGUCAGGGAUGCCACAAUGCCAUCGACCCAGAAGUGCAGCGGGUAACCUACAACGAUUUCAGCUGGCAUGCCUCCACACAGUGCUUUCUGUGUUCCUGUUGCAGCAAGUGUCUCAUUGGGCAGAAGUUCAUGCCAGUAGAGGGCAUGGUUUUCUGUUCAGUGGAGUGCAAGAAGAUGAUGUCUUAAAAUAAGAGCACCAAGCAGUAUUGAGCCAUGAUCUGUCCAAGUUGGUAUGCAUUUCUACUGUAAAGUGCAAUUUGAAAAAAAAAAAAAUAAAAGGAAAAGAAACAGUAAAGGAAACCAGGAGAUUUUGUUCAAUAUCAUUCUUUGCUGUUUUUCCUUAUCAAUUUUUUUUUUCCGCUCAAUUUUGAAACCUGCUUGAAGCAUUUGAUUUUAGAAAUGGUAAAGACUUUUGUCUUUCCUUAGCUUUCCAAAUCUGAAAUGUGAGUUGGAAGCUGGGUUUAAUUGAUCUCCAUAUCUGUAUCCCCCUUGUUCCAAACACAGAAUAUGUAAAAUACUUAAAAGUUAGUGUUCUGGAUGGAAAGGUGAGUGUUCCUAGUUCUAUACUCUUUUCCCCCUCAUGUAUAAAAGGAAAAGGAAAUUAAAUUUGCCCUAACGCCAAGACUCUACAUUUUCUGCCGAAUGGUAUUCAUUGAACUUUGUAAUGACAAAGAAAGUAGAAAUGCCGUGUAGUAUAUAGAGCUGCUAUUUUAAUGUCUACGCAUUUGAUAUUUACUGAUUUAGGCAGAAGUGGCACUUUCUUUAUUGCAUUUCUCUAUUUUUUUAUUUACCCUACCUCUCAAUAUUCUCUUUGUACGUUGAUGACCUCCAUAUAUAUGUGGCCUUAAAUAUUUUAUCACAUGUGGCAUAACAGUAUCCACACUUUUUACUUCUUUAGAUGAAUUUUGGCCUGGAUAUAAAAAGCCAUUCAUUUUAUAUUGUUUUCAAUCCAAAGAACAUGUAUAGUUUUUAUACCCAGGAAACUAUAACUUGUACUGAUUGCACUUGCCUGCCAUGGUUUGAAUAGAUUUUUUUUGCAUAGUUUUUAUUUUUAUCACUAGAUAAAAUGGAUACUCUCUUGUAAUACUUCUAAGCCUGUUCAUGAAUCUAUAAAAUGUCUUCUUUGCCUAUAUAUUUCCAUUCUUGGGUAUUUUCUAAUGUUUACUUUUCUCUGUAUACUUCCAUAUAUAGCUGUGCACUAUAAAAAUUAAAAGGAAUGAAUGAUAUGUAUGUUAUUAUUAAAAAUAAAGCCUCUUUCACUUUAAUGAUUUUUCGUCUUUUUCUUCUCCUUUUAAGUGAAAAGUUCUCUGCAGUUAAACACAUGUUUCAGCAGGGGGCGGUGUCUUCCAGGAUAAAAACUACCCAGAUAAAAGGCUGCUUCUGACAAGAC